AUGGCCGACGUCCUGACGCGCUCCUUCGCGCACAUGCGGCGGCGCACCGAGAGCGUCGACACGCCGCUCACGCCCGCCAACGAGCUCACCAGCUGGCUGGGUGACGACAUGUGCGCCAACUGCGGCUCGGCCGUGCAGGGCACGCAGCUCUACUGCUCCGACGCCUGCCGCGCCGCCGACGCCCACGACGCGCCCGCAGCGCCGGCCAGCGUGAGCGCCUUUGCGCGGGCGCAGUACCUCGACGAGGAGCUCGGCGCCGAGCGCACCUCGUCGUCGGCGCCCGCCUUCUCGCCGCGGCAGCCGUACACCGACGCCGAGGGCAAGUUCCGCUACCCGUGCCCGCCGUCGCCGCACCUGCUGGCCAAGUACAAGGCCGCCGCGCUCACCUCGCCCGCACUCACCGCCCUCGAGCGCUCGCUGCCGUCGCGCCACGAGCACGCCGCCGCCGACGGCAUCUCGGCCUCGUCGUUCAGCGACGAGAGCAGCAGCAUCGAGCCGCGCCGCUCGGGCUCGGGCACCAAGCGCCGCAGCUCGUCGCGCAGCACCUUCUCCUCGGCGGACACGGACAACUUCUCCACUGUGCCCAGCACGCCGUCGCCCGCGUCGGCCGCGGUGCACGACGACUUUGAGGAGCUCGAGCCGUCGGCGCUGGCGCUGCCGCCCAGCGUCAAGCCGGCCUCGACGGUGCUGCUCAAGUCGGCGUCGCGCGACGGCAACCGCGCCGUCAGCGGCGAGUCGAGCAACAACAGCAGCUCCUCAUCGACGCCCUCGGCCGCGCCGCCGCUCGUCUCGUCGUCGCUGCGCCGUAGCCCGGCGGCCAAGCCCAUCUCGCCGCCCACGUCGGGCUCGGCGUCGUCGACGGCCACCAUGCGCUACGCGCGCCGGCCAAGCAGCACCAACCUGCCGCCGCCCGUGCUCUUCACCUCGCCGGCCCUGACGGCGACGCACCGCAUCAAUGCACGCGGCGCGGCCACUGCCUCGCCGCGCCAGCAGGCAAAGCUGACGCGCAAGACGGCGCUCGGCGCCAAGCGCCCCUCCGUGUCGACCAACACCUUCUCGUCGCCCGCCGUGCUCACCGAGGGCGGCUCGUCUCAGAAGGCCGCCGGUGCAGUGCCGAUGGCGGGCCGCGAGCGCGCCUCCCGCGGCUCGAACAGCCCUGAGCAGAUCGCCUCGGCGGCCAGCUCGGCCGGCAAGACGCUCCGCGCAUUCAGCCCGGCCUCGCUGGCCAGUCCAGUGACGACCGUCGUCGACUCGUACUGCGGACGCCCAGGAUGCCUCGGUCCCUCCACCAGCCGUGAGGCCCUCGCCUCUCCGGCCGGCAGCUCGAGCUGGGGUGCAGGCUACCCCGGCGCAGCGGUGCCCGUCUCGCCUGCCCGCGGCCGUUCCGCACGCCGGCCGUCCACGUCGCCUGACGCAUCGCGGCCCACCUCGCGCGGUCGCGGCCACCAGCACUCGCACAGUGCCCGUGGCGGACUGAGCAUGCACUCGCACUUCGAGGCGGCUCAGCAGCCGCAGCCCGUGGGCGCAGCCGCAGCGGCCGCGACCGUGGUGGCCAAGGGCCUCAUCAUGACGCCGGCCAUUGCUCCGGCAGACCGCAAGUCGCGCCGCUCGCUCGCCGCCCCGCCGCCGCCGAUGAAGAACAGCGUCGACGACCACGCCGAGCCGACGAGCUCGCCGGAUGGCGACGUGGCGCCUGUGCGCUCGCGUCGCGCCCAGUCGCCGCCUCGCGGCCGGUCCAAGGCGCGUGGACGCAGCAGCACCUCGCGGCGAAGCCCGAGCCCGCCGCGCGCUGCCGCUCGCCGUGGCACGUCCGAGGGCCUGAGCACAGCGUCGUCCACCGCUUCGCUGCAGCGCGGCCGCUCGUCGUCGCGCCCGGCGCCCAUUGCCAUCGCAUCUCCUGACUCGAGCGACGAGUCGGAGGACGAGAGCGCCAAGGCCGCCAAGGUCGCGGCUGCCGCCUCUCUGCGCCGCAACGUCCGCCGUGCGGACGAGGGCCCGUCGCCGAUGGCCCUUCGCACCGAGCAGGAGCAGGAGCGCGAGGAGCGCUCGCGCCGCGGUCGCAGCCCUACGGAGCGCGGUCGCAGCCGUGGCCGCAGCCGCGCCCCGGCCGUCGAGGACACUCGCUCGGCGGAGCGCCCUGCCGAGCGUGCAGCGCCCGUCGACAAGGACCUCAAGCUCUGGACGUCGUCUUGCGAGAUCGCCUUCCCUGGCUACGGCCACGACACGAGCCCGAGCGCCUCGGUCGUGCUCAACAAGUCUGCCGCGCGCACGCCGCUGCCGGCCGUCAUCGACGAGGCGCCCGGCUACGACGAGGUCGACCUCGAGCUCGACGACUAA